GUCAGAGUCCGGUCUCAUGAAAAUGCGAAUCAAUCACGCGAUUUUAUUUUUGUAUUUUGCGUGCUAUUUAUACACAGAAACUGACUGGAGUGCAUAGGAUACGCACUUGUUUGAUAUGCUAAUACGCAGUUUGUUGGCAUGCAUAUGAUACGCCUGUUGGCAUAGACCUAUAGCCAUGCACCUACCCUAAUCCUGCCCAUUGCGUAUCAUGUGCACGCCAAAGUUAAUUUCUGCGUAUAAAUAGUACGCCAAAUAGAAACAGAAAAUCGUGCCAUUGAAACGCACUUUAAUGAGAUCGGGUUAUUGAGGCAGAUCAACCAGCUAUGCAGUAAAAGUGAAGACGGGUUGUAAAGCUCCAGAAAUACCAUAAAUGAUCAUAAAAGUUCAUGACAGUAUGGCUACCAUUUAUAAGUGCAAUAUGUGAAUAUUGCCCAACGCUCAGCAGAUGACGCUCCAGAAAUCAAACAGGGCGAGGUGUUUUAGCCUUCAGCGGCUCGACUGUCAUCAACUAUACCGCCUUUUAUUGAACUAUUGUGCCAAAAUAAAUCGUAAAAGUAUAAAUGCGUUAGUAGACAAUCAUUCGUUAUUCAUUAUAGACAAUGUAACCUGGCCAUAAAUAAUACAUUUACUAUAUUUUAAUAAUCGAGUAAAACAUUUGGAAACAAUUGUUUUUAUGUAUUGUAAUUAUUGUCACAUAAAUCGGGAGCCACUGCGCUGAUUUCCAUUGUUUAGCGUAAACAUCACAGAUGCGUUUGACCGCUGUAAGUUUAUCACGUUAAAUAUGAAAGGAAAAAAAGGAUCCACUUACCACAAUAAAUUCACACAAUACUGUCUUGUCCAGAUAAUUCACUUAGGAUCACUGCUCGUGAUAGAAAUACUAUGUGUGUGUGUGUGUGUGUGUGUGUGUGUGUGUGUGUGUGUGUGAUAAUAAUAAUAAUUAUUAUUAUUUAUUAUUAUUAUUUUAAUGGACUGCAUGGGAUUGCGUCAAGAAUCCGCCAAAAUUCUAGGUGCAAAGUAAAACGUGUUUAGAAAAGCGUUGCAGUGUUUUUUGUUGUUGUUGUUGUUGUUUUUUGCCAUCUGCUGGAAAAUCAAAUCAAACGAGGCUUUCAAGUCACGCCAAAUGUAUUUUUAUAGCGUUUUUACAAUAGGUAUUCUUUUAAAUCAUGUUCAUGUUUAUUUGAUAUCUAGGCUAUUCUAUUCUAUGAUGAUUCAUCUUUAUUUUAAUCUUUAUGUAGCACUCUCUAUUCUAAUUAUAUUCUUAAAAAAAAUAUUACCCCAUAGGCACUCUAUUCAUUUACAAACUGCUUGUUUUCUUCAAAAAAAAAAAAAAAAACUAACACUAGUUUCUCUGUUCUUUUUGUAUUAUAUUUGUUUUCUUUUUAUUUAUUAUACAAUUAACAAAAAAACAAAACAAAAAAAGGCCUCUAACACUAGAUUGCUCUAUUCUUUUUCUAUUCUGUCUGUUUUCUUUUUAUUUAUGAUGUAUAUUAAAAAAAGAACGAAAGAAAAAAUGCAACGUGUACUGCAUUAAACUAACUGAGACUUGCCACAUCACUUGCAUAUCAUUGCUCUUUUGCAGAGGUGGGUAGUAACGAGUUACAUUUACUUCGUUACAUUUACUUGAGUACAUUUUUUGGGUAACUAAUACUAUACUAAUACUAACUAAUAGUAUAUUUAAAAAUGGGUACUUUUACUCUUACUCAAGUACAUUUUUAGUGAAAAAUCGGUACUUUUACUUGCAUCAAUUUAUUCCAAACACGCCGUAGCCUAUACUUUUCUCUGGGCACUGAGCGAUGCCCGUUCACGAAUGAUUUGAGUCCAUUCUGUUCAAAUGCUUGAUCAGACCAGUUGGCAAACCAGUGAAUCGGUUCGCGAAUCAAUUUGAAUGAUUCGAUCAGUUCCCUGCCGCGCGCGCGGAGUCGCCUGAAGCGGUUCUCACUCAGAGCUGAACAUCAAGAGCGUUGAGCGCAGCGGCGCGCGACCUGCUCCAGGAGGAAUGCCUUUGCCUAGACACAAUUAAUAUUGAUAUUUUCACAAUAUUUAUGCUUGCAGAAAUAUAGGCUACAUUUUGCAGAACAGACGGAAGAAGAUCUGUCAAUGUGUAGUUUCGUUAUUUAGAUGUUCGGUAGCGGUCAUGUGAGGAGUUUUUAACUCUUCUCCGUGUCAGAGGUUAUAUAAUACAUAAUUAAUAUACUUUGAAAUAUAAUUUAAUUCAGUGACGCAAAUCAGAAUUUUCAUUAGCUGUUACUCCAGUUUUCAGAGUCACGUGAUCCUUCAGAAAUCAUUCUAAUAUAUUGAUUUGCAUCACUAAAAUAAAUUACAUUUAAAAAAAUAAUAAUAAUAAUAAAAAUCUGUACACACACACAUUACAUAAAUUGUAUCUAUAUAUCUAAAUAAAAAUAUACUAUAUAUAUAUAUGAUCCAAAGUAACUAACUACUUGAGUAGUUUUUUUAUCCGAUACUUUUUUACUCUUACUCAAGUAACUAUUUAGACUAUUACUUUUACUUUUACUUGAGUACAGUUUUUGGAUACUCUACCCACCUCUGCUCUUUUGUUGAUUUUCCCACUGCGCAAAGACAAGUCCAAACAACGUCUUUUGUACGUCGUUUUUGAACGUCCAAUUUUGGUGCCCUGAAGGUGCAGACUGUGACGCCAGAUGACGUCUUUUUUCAGGACCUCUGUAUAAGGGCUAAUUGUAGGCCAAAUGUGGUCGUUGUGGACGUCUUUUCUACAUCAAACUUAAACUCAUUUUAGACAUCAUGUACUCAAUAAAUAAAUAUUUAAAUAACAAAUAAUGUUUCAUCACAAAUAACCUAUAUUGAUAUUCAUUAACCAUGUUGAUAAGAACAAUGUUGAUAUUUGUCUUAAAUAAAAUAAAUAUUACAUUCAUUAAUAAUGUCAAUUUUCUGCACAUGUCUUCGACGUCCAAAAAAGUUACCUAGUCCGACGUUCAAAUGUUAAACUGCAUAUUGACGUCCAAAUGGGGUCUUGGUUAGAUGUCCAAAUAGUCGUGUAGACGUGCAGAAUUGGUCUUGGACCGACGGACGCAAUAUAGACAUAAUCUGCACGUCCGUCAGACGUCUAAUGUUUAGUGGGUUGAUUGCUUCCAUUGUCCUCAUUUGUAAUUCUCUUUGGAUAAAAGCGUCUGCUAAAUAACUGAAUGUAAAGGUAGUCAGAAAUUACCAUAAUUGAUGUUUCUAGUCUUCGGUACGCAAAAAUGGCUUAAUUUCGAAACGGACAUCGCUGUACAAUCACUGAUCUGACGAGUUUAUUCAGUGAAGGAUUCGACCGACUGAUUCAAACCAGCAACUGAGAAAUGAACCAUAAAAAUAAGCUGUUCAAACGAGUCGUUUGUUCGUGAAUCCAUCGCAUUCAGACUGCAAAACUGCAUUCACAAACCUGGUAAAUGUGAUUUUCUUUUUCUUUUAUUUAUUUAUUUUUCCCCCAUGCUGUUGUGCUGGAGAAGGAUCGCCUCAAACGGUGACAUAAACGCGAUAACAAUUAUAGUUUAAAAAGCCCCCAAUGUGUUUAAUUAUGUAUUUUUCUUAUAUAAUGAGCCCAUCAGAGAAAACAAACUAUUGUUGGUAAACAUUCCGUUGCCAUGGCAACUUUGGAACGACAACGUCACGCGCCACCGCUUGAUGACGUCACAGACUCCGUGUAAAAGGCCUCGCAGAAUCUCUGUAGUUUUGUGAUAUUCGGAGCAGAGACUCGAGUCUGAGUCAAAGUCUGCGAUUACAGUCUGUAUAGAUCGAGAUAUAUUUAAUUUGUACAGAGUGUAUCAGAUACCUUUAAACUGAGAUACAGAUUAUUGAUCUGUCAGUAUGAUAACACCAGACACAAUGUCUAUAGAGGCGAGAGAGGUGCGUCUGGAGGUUUACCUCAACGGCGCCUUCUACUCCGACGACAGUUACUUUGCAUUAGAUGAUAAAGAUGUGCAGCUGGAGUUUGAGAUCACCGAUGCCAUCUACGACCUUCUCGGCUGCAGCGCAUCUCAAGACGUAGAUGUGAAGCUGAAGGUUGUAACGGACGAUCGGGUCUCCAUCACUUACUGCAGUCCAGGAGAGAUGCGCCUGCAGCUGGAGGUUGACGAGAAUGAGGAGAUCUCAGUCUGUGAAGUCAAAGAUUUGCAACUGAAGAUGAACAGGAACGACAGCAUCUCAGAGCUGAAGAGCCCUACGCUGGUGUCUAAAGACCUGAGCGACCCAGCAGGAGCUUCAGGAGAAGAAGCCAAUGAUCAGGGUGGCCUGGAUGCUGAGGAGAACCGCCCAGCAGAAAGCACUGCUGGGUGGAUGUUCAGGAAAAUGAGUGCAGUCUUCCAGCAAUUGAGUGCAAUAUUCCAGACAAACACACUGAAUGCUGUUGGGGAACCUGAAGUGGAUCUGGUCGAUACCGAGCAAUCGUGUGUCCCUGAUCCCAGCGUUCCUGAGCCAGAACCAGCAGGACCUUCAGGAGAAGAAGCCAAUGAUCAGGGUGGCCUGGAUGCUGAGGAGAACCGCCCAGCAGAACUCAAUGCUGGGCGGAUGACCAAGAAAAUUAGUACAGUCUUCCAGCGAUUUCAUGCAGUUUUCCAGAGAAAAAUGUUGAAUUCUGUUGGGGAACCUGAAGUGGAUCUGAUUGAUACCGAGCAAUCGUGUAUCACUGAUCCCAGUGUUUCUGAGCCAGAACCAGCAGGACCUUCAGUGGAAGAAGCCAAUGAUCAGGGUGGCCUGGAUGCUGAGGAGAACCGCCCAGCAGAAAAUACCAACAUGAUGAAGAUUAAGAAAGUUCAUGGCUUCGUCAUGACCAAGAGAACAGAAUAUGCUACAGUGAGGAAUAUAAAGAAAAUUAGGACUUUCUUCCAGAACGACAGACCAAAGCAUGUUGGGGUCUCAGCAUGGCCAGAGAUGAACCAGAACGUUCCUGAGCCGGAACCUGAAGACGAUCUGGAUGAUCCUCCUGAAAAUGAAUGGGAUCUGGCUGCUCCAGAGGAAUCAUGUGAACCAGGUCCAAGCGUUCCUGAGCCAGAAUCUAAAGUGGUAUCUGAGCUUACAAGGUUGGAAAACUAUGUCCCUCUAAACAUGUUCCAAAUGGAGGAUCGUUUGAAGAAAUGCACACCUCUCAAACAAAGACAUGUGACUAACGUCUGGCCCAGGAUCUUCAUCGGAGAUGGAGAGAUCGCAACAGACCGAGAUGCGCUGCAGGAGAUGUGCAUCACUCACAUCCUCAAUGCUGCAGCUCAAAAGAAGGACCUGAACUAUUACUUGGGAACAUUUAAUGGUGAAGACGUAGUAGGAUCGGUCAAUACAAGGUCCAGAUAUUACAGAGACUUGCACAUCAAUUAUUACGGCUUGCCUACAGCAGACAGAUGCUGUUCUGACAUCAGUGAGUACUUCAUGCCAGCUGCCAAAUUCAUUGACAAGGCCCUGGAUAAGCGAGCAAGUAAGGUGCUGAUUUGCUGCAAGCAGGGUGUCGAGCACUCGGCGACUCUGUUUUUGGCGUAUCUGAUGAUCUGCCAUGACAUGAUGGUGGAGGAGGCUAUUGAUCACGUCAUAAAGUCGAGAUGCAUCAGGCCCUCCAGAGACGUCCUGAAGAAGCUGAUGCUUCUCAAUGCUGACCUUGUGCAGCAGCGAAAACUAAAGCUGCAGGGCAUAAAAACAGGCAGAAAGAGGACAAAAGGCAGCUAAAAAAACAUACAGCGCAGAUUUGAAAAAAUGUGCACAGAUAAAAAACAGCACAGGCUCUAAAAAAAUCUGUGAAAAUAGGGCACAGUUCUGUAUACAUUUGAACGAAUUAAUUUUUUUUAACCCAUAUUUAUUUUUUUGCAUUUUAUUACAUUGUGUUUUAGGGUUAACGGAAAUGUCUGUAAAAUGAAUGGAUAAUGUCCUGGUAAUGAGCUGCUAGUACUUUUAUUUAUUUAUUCGUUUUAUGUAUUCAUAUAGUGCAGAUGAACAAGUGCACAGAUAGAACAAAAAUAGAGCACAGGUUAAAAAAAAUAAAUAUAUAUAUAUAUAUAUAUAUAUAUAUAAAACAGCCCGGAAAAAUGCGUUAAAAUAAAACAGAAGAGAUAAAAAAAAUUGUAUAAAUAAAAAUGUGAGCAAAAUAAAAAUAAUCAUUAAAAAUAGUUCAAAUCAAACCUUUGCACGUAGUUAAAAUAUUAAAUGGAUAAUGUUCUAGUAAUGAGCUGCUUUUAUGUGUUUAUUUCUUACAGUGCAGAUGAAUAAGUGCACAGAUAAAAAAAUAUAUAUAUACUGUAUAUAUAGAGAGAGAGAGAGAGAGAGCACAGAUGAAAAAAAAACAGCACCAAUAAAAAUACAUAAAAAUGUGAGCAAAAUAAAAAUAAUCAUUCAGAAUUAAAGUCAAACAUUUGCACAUAGUUGAAUAAAAUUAUAAAAUGAAUGGAGCCGCCAGUGCUUUUAUUUAUUUAUUUAUUUGUUAAUGUAUUUAUUUCAGUGCAGAUGAAUAAGUACACAGAUAGAAACAGUUAAACAGUUUAAAUCAAACCUUUGUACAUAGUUAUAUUAAAUACAAAAAAAAAAAAAAAAUUAAAUAUUAAAUUUUACGAAG